CGCUGGUUUUGCGUCCUCAAAAGACGCUCAGCGCCUUCCCGCUUCUCCUCAGCCACCCCGCGGGAGAAGCAGCCCACGCCCUCCAGAGCCGCGGUGGAACUAGAAGCCCAGAGAGAGGUGCUGGCAACUUUGGACUACCUCCAGAAUUCCCUCAUAAUCACCCAACUUAGAUCCACUCUUUCUUGAAAUGAGAGCAGCCGUGGUUUAACCUGCUACAAUUUGUGCAUGUGUCAUGCUACGUUAUUGGAAAAUAUGGGUCUUAUUAGUUAUGCUGAAUUAUUUACCAUGUUACUGAAAUUGGACCAUACAGUACUAAUUUCAGAUGAAAACAUUACAGUGAUGGAUACAAAGUUUACUGACAUUCCAGUGUGUUUGUACUUGCCAAAGAAGAAGUCAGAAAGCCAGAGACGGGCUGUAAUUUUUAUUCAUGGUGGUGCCUUUGUUAUGGGAAGUUGCAGGCAGACGGCUUAUGACUUCCUGAAUAGAUGGACAGCAAAUAAACUUGGUGCUGUUGUUGUGGGAAUAGACUAUAGGCUAGCUCCUCAAUAUCAAUUUCCUGUUGCCCUUGAAGAUGUCCUUUCUGUGGUCAGAUUCUUUCUACAGGAUAACAUUCUUGCAAAAUAUGGAGUGGAUCCUUCCCGAAUCUGUAUUUCAGGUGAUAGUUCUGGGGGCACAUUGGCAGCAGAAGUUACUCAACUGGUACAAAAUGAUCCAGAAUUCAAAAAUAAAAUUAAGGCACAAGUUUUAAUUUACCCUGGCUUGCAGGCGGUGGAUGUUUUAAUGCCCUCUCACCGACAAAAUGAGCAUGGUCCGAUUCUGUCAAGGGAUAUGGCAAUUAAAAUGGGAUGCCUGUACUUGACCAAGGAUAAAGCACUGGCCCAAGCAGUGAGAGAAAAUCAACAUAUGCCCCAUGGAUCAAGACAUCUGUUCAAGUUGGUUAACUGGAGUACUCUUCUUCCUGAAAAAUAUAGAAGGAAUCACAUAUAUACUGAACCAAUUAUUGGGAAGCUUAAUUCUUCAUAUCCAGUACUUUUGGAUAGCAGGUUAUCACCCUUGUUAGUCACUGAUUCCCAAUUAGAAAAAUUGCCACUAACUUAUAUCAUCACCUGUGAACAUGAUAUCCUAAGAGAUGAUGGACUUAUAUAUGUUUCACGACUUCGAAAUGCUGCAGUUAACGUUUCUCAUGACCACAUAGAGGAUGGGAUCCAUGGAGCACUUUUUUUCAUGACAUCACCAUUUUACUUAAAUGUAGGCAUUAGAAUAAGUGAUAAAUAUAUUAAUUGGCUUGAAGAAAAUCUAUAAAUAGUACAUGUAGCUAGCUAAUUAUUUAGUAAUAUAAUCCAAAGGUUAUAUUUGAAAGUUUGUGACUUUAAGGAACAGAACAAUGAUAUUCUUUUUGAAUAAAUGUAAGUUUAAAAACAAA